CAGAGCGCGCCAACUACUAGUUUUUUCAAAUGAAACUAUACAAGGCUUACAAGCAAUGCAAUCCAUCGUUGUCUCGCUCUCCAACCAUCUAAUAAGACCCACUAACCACGCCUUUUUCUUCAAAAGCUUCAAUUCUUGGGCUUCGGCUAUACGAAAUGCUCCUUCCCCACAAAAGGCUUUGAACAUCUACUCUCAAAUGCACCGUCAGUCUGUUCCUUUUGAUAGUUUUUCCAUGCUCUAUACGCUAAAAUCAUGUACCCAGUUAAGGAAUCAAGAAAUCAUUCAACACCUCCAUGCCCAUAUCAUGAAACUUGGCUUUGGCAAUCAUGUAUAUGUGGCCACUUCACUUCUCCAUGCGUACGUUGUUGUCUCGUUCGUGGAUGCCUGUGUACUGUUCGAUGAAAUGCCUGAGAAGAACACGGUCACGUGGAACACGAUGAUUGCAGGGUAUUCGAGGUCGGGGGAUGUAGAGAGAGCACGUUUGGUUUUUGAGGAAAUGCCACUGAGAGAUGUUGCAUCAUGGUCUGCCAUGCUCACUGCGUAUGUGAACAAUGGCAAUCAAGAGUGUGGGUUGUCAGUGUUUCGGGAUAUGGUAAUGGAUGGAGGUUUAAAACCUGACCAAGUGACUGCAGGAUCAGUUUUAUCCGGUUGUGCCCACCUGGGUCAUCUUGGGUUGCUUGUGGGGAAAUCAGUUCAUGGAUUUAUGGUCAAGAAUGGAUGGGAGUUGAAUGUGGAGAUUGGUACAGUUUUGGUUGACAUGUAUGCUAAGUGUGGGUUUUUGAAGGGAGCAGCAAGGGUUUUUGAAUUGAUGCUAGAAAGGAAUGUCAUGUCUUGGACUGCAUUGAUUUGUGGAUCAGCACAACAUGGCUACAGCAAAGCAGCGUUGUCUUUGUUUGAGAUGAUGCGAAAAGCUGGUGUAAAACCUAAUGAAUUGACUUUCACAGGAAUUCUUAGUGCUUGUGUGCAUACAGGACUAGUUGAGGAGGGCCAAAAAUAUUUCAAGUUGAUUGAAGAAAGUGGCUUGGAGCCUCAAAUUCAUCAUUAUGGAUGCAUGGUUGAUUUGUAUGGCAAGGCAGGACUGUUAGAGGAAGCUUAUGAGGUUAUUAAGAAGAUGAGAUUUGAACCCAAUGUUGUUGUCUGGAGUGCUUUUUUAUGUGCUUGCAAGGAGCAUAAACAGUUUGAGAUGGCCGAACGAGUGGUUGAGCAGGUCAUGAAGAUGGUAAAACCAGAUAACGAUGGUGGGGUUUAUUCUCUUAUCUCAGAUUUGUAUGCUUUGAGUGGGAAGUGGCAUGAUGCAGAAAGAGUGAGGAAUUUAAUGGUCAGCCAACAUGUGAGGAAGGCCAGGGGCUCUAGUUUUGUUAGAAGUGGAUAGUAGUGUAGUAGAAAAUUUCCAUUCCAUAUGUCGUUGUGGAACUUAUGAAAUUUACAUGGAUGAUACUUACUUGGGGUGAGUGUUCAAUGUGUUUAUAUGGUUUACUUGUUUACGAGCGAGAAUAAUGCAUUGAUCAGGUCAAUAACAUUAGCUGGUUUGGUUGUUAUGAGGUUUUAAGAAGACUAACAAGAUUGAGGAGCAAAAAGCAGAGUAGUUUCUUCAUGCUCUGCAGCUGUGCUCAAAGGCUCUGUUGGUACUUUUCGGAAAACAUAUCAGAUAUAUUUAUUUUUCUGCCGCAAGUAGGUUUCUAAGUUUGGCAAAGCAACUACUAAGUCGAUCAAAUACUCAUGAGAUGGUGGCUCUUAUGUGGAUACAUUUCCAGGUAAAUGAGCAUUGGCAUCGGAACAUGGAUCAAGUUUCAGGUGUCCGUAUCAACUGCAA